AUGUAAUUUGGAAUAAUUCUAUUAAUAAUUACCAAAACAUAUAUUUGCAAGAUAAUAUCAUCCUGCUAAUUAUAUUCUGACAAUCCAGAAGCAUGUAUAGAAAAAACAACUGACUAUAAAUGUACUUUUAUUUUUUUUUAAAUUAGGCAAUUUCAAUUAUUUUGAGAGUAAGUGCAUUCUUGAAAAUUCGAUAUCUCUAGGUUGUAUUGAAAAUUUGAAUCAAGGUGCUUGCAUUAGUUAAUAAACUGAUUUUUAAGGAAAAGAAGUUUAAUGUAAAGAAGAUAUUAUAGUUAAGGUGUCUUUAAUAAGAAGUGCUAACCUGUGUUAUAGACAGAACUAUAAAACCAAGGUUGUAGGACAACCUAUAACAAAUAUGCAUGCUUUAAUGUAGUAAAUGCAGAUUGCGAAUGGAAGAAUAAUUAGUGCUAGCCUUUGGAAGAAAUAAAAGAAACAGCAUAUUCAUGCGAAGAAUCUUAUUAAAAAUCUGUUACAUUUGUAACAUGCUCUAAAUUAUAGAAUCUAUCAUGUAUUAUUUGAUCGAAAUUAUAAGGUAUAAGUUCUGGAUUUACAGGUGAAUAUGGUUGCAUAACUGUCUAGGAAUAAUAAUUGAAGACUUUGUAAUGUACUGAAAAGGGUUUGACAAAAUAAGCUUGUAUAUCUAUUUAAACAGAAGGAUAGGAAUGUAAGAAAAAUGAUUAAUCUAUAGGUAUCUUCAAAGAUCAGAUGUGUCGAAAUAUUGAAGAGUCAGAAAUAAAUACUUGUUAAAGGAAUUUAAAUAGAUGGGCUUGUUUAUCAAUUAAAAAUCCUAAAAUCUCUUGUUAGUGGAUAGAAAAUUCUUGUUAUCCUUAUAUAUAAUUAAAUGAAAACCAAUAAAAUGAAAUAUUAGAAGUGAAUGUCAGUGUCUGUCAAUCCAUAAAAGGAUUAUAUAGGUAUGAUAAAAAAAAUACUAAGUGCAUUCAAAUAAUUGAUUUUUAAGAUCUAUCAUGUAAUACUGAAGGAUUAUCUAAGGAUGGAUGUUUAAAAAUAAAGAAUAAAAAUUGUAUAUUUAUUGAAGGAAAAUGUUAAGAAUUAAAUGAAUAAGAUCUUGAAAGUUAUUUAUGUAAUAUGGAUUUAAAUGAAAUGAGUUGUGUUAAUUUAAAAACAGAAUUUUAAUAUUGUAAAUGGAAUAUAAAUAAAUGUGAAAGAAUAUUUAUGAAUUAAGAUAUUAAUUGUCCAUUAAAUUUUGAAGAUAUAUCUAUUAAAGUUAAUGGAAAUGUAUGUUAAGCUAUAUCUAAACCUAAUAUAUUAUGUAAAUAUGAUUAAAAUACUAAUUUAUGUAUUACAAGUUUAAUUGAUGAUGAUUGUAAUNUUAUAAAUAUAAAAGCCUCUUAACUUUCUUUUGAGAUUAUUAUUUAAAUCUUAUGUAAUUUGGAAUAAUUCUAUUAAUAAUUACCAAAACAUAUAUUUGCAAGAUAAUAUCAUCCUGCUAAUUAUAUUCUGACAAUCCAGAAGCAUGUAUAGAAAAAACAACUGACUAUAAAUGUACUUUUAUUUUUUUUUAAAUUAGGCAAUUUCAAUUAUUUUGAGAGUAAGUGCAUUCUUGAAAAUUCGAUAUCUCUAGGUUGUAUUGAAAAUUUGAAUCAAGGUGCUUGCAUUAGUUAAUAAACUGAUUUUUAAGGAAAAGAAGUUUAAUGUAAAGAAGAUAUUAUAGUUAAGGUGUCUUUAAUAAGAAGUGCUAACCUGUGUUAUAGACAGAACUAUAAAACCAAGGUUGUAGGACAACCUAUAACAAAUAUGCAUGCUUUAAUGUAGUAAAUGCAGAUUGCGAAUGGAAGAAUAAUUAGUGCUAGCCUUUGGAAGAAAUAAAAGAAACAGCAUAUUCAUGCGAAGAAUCUUAUUAAAAAUCUGUUACAUUUGUAACAUGCUCUAAAUUAUAGAAUCUAUCAUGUAUUAUUUGAUCGAAAUUAUAAGGUAUAAGUUCUGGAUUUACAGGUGAAUAUGGUUGCAUAACUGUCUAGGAAUAAUAAUUGAAGACUUUGUAAUGUACUGAAAAGGGUUUGACAAAAUAAGCUUGUAUAUCUAUUUAAACAGAAGGAUAGGAAUGUAAGAAAAAUGAUUAAUCUAUAGGUAUCUUCAAAGAUCAGAUGUGUCGAAAUAUUGAAGAGUCAGAAAUAAAUACUUGUUAAAGGAAUUUAAAUAGAUGGGCUUGUUUAUCAAUUAAAAAUCCUAAAAUCUCUUGUUAGUGGAUAGAAAAUUCUUGUUAUCCUUAUAUAUAAUUAAAUGAAAACCAAUAAAAUGAAAUAUUAGAAGUGAAUGUCAGUGUCUGUCAAUCCAUAAAAGGAUUAUAUAGGUAUGAUAAAAAAAAUACUAAGUGCAUUCAAAUAAUUGAUUUUUAAGAUCUAUCAUGUAAUACUGAAGGAUUAUCUAAGGAUGGAUGUUUAAAAAUAAAGAAUAAAAAUUGUAUAUUUAUUGAAGGAAAAUGUUAAGAAUUAAAUGAAUAAGAUCUUGAAAGUUAUUUAUGUAAUAUGGAUUUAAAUGAAAUGAGUUGUGUUAAUUUAAAAACAGAAUUUUAAUAUUGUAAAUGGAAUAUAAAUAAAUGUGAAAGAAUAUUUAUGAAUUAAGAUAUUAAUUGUCCAUUAAAUUUUGAAGAUAUAUCUAUUAAAGUUAAUGGAAAUGUAUGUUAAGCUAUAUCUAAACCUAAUAUAUUAUGUAAAUAUGAUUAAAAUACUAAUUUAUGUAUUACAAGUUUAAUUGAUGAUGAUUGUAAUACACCAUAUCUUAAUUAAAAAGGAUGUCUAAGUAUAAUUACUAAUAAAAAAACAUGUUAAUGGACUAAUAAAGGUUGUAUUUCUAUAUCAAUUAAUUAAUAUUUUACUACUUGUGAAACUAUUGGACAUGCAAAUCCUUAUACUUGUUCUUAAAUUUAUGAAAAUAAUACAAAAGGAUGUUAUUAUAAUUAAAUUUUAUAAAAAUGCAUUCCUUUAUUGAUAAAAGUAGAUAAGGAUGCUUAGCAAGAAUAAAUACAACAAUAAAAACUAGAUCUUCAAUUCUUAAAUAGUGUCUCUUGUGAGAAUUAAGAGCUAGGAUUAAAUAGAGUAGCUUGUGGAUCAAUCACAACAAAUGGAGUGGCAUGCAUGUGGAGAUAAGAAAAAUGUGUAUUUAUUUAGAAUAAAGCAAUUAUUUCAGCAAUAUCUUGCUUAAGUUUAUAAUGGGCAAAUGCUAGAGCCUGUAAUUAUGCUGAAUUUUAAAAGGAAAUUUGUAGAUAUGAUGAAGAAUAAAUUUCAUGUGUGACAUCAGCCAAAAAUAAUAUGAAAUGUGAAGAAAUAGGUUUAAAUCGUUAUGGUUGCAUGAUAGCAGAAGGAUUUUGUUACUUUAAUGAAGAAUUAUCUUUGUGUUUGAAUGAUGCUUCACCAAAUAUUACAGAAUUAUUAACAUGUGUUGGGAAUUCACCAUCAAAACCUAUGUGUUUAAGUAUUACAAAAAAAGGAGAGUACUGUAUAUGGCAAGCAAGUAAUGGCAAAUGUUCUAAGGCUAACCUUCCAUUUAACAGCAAUUGUCUUUCACUAAAUCUUUAAGGUGUAUAAAUGAAUGCGAAUACAUGCACUCUGAUUGAAAUGAGUUAUCCAGAUUAUGAUUUAUUAAAAGAGAAAUCAUUAACUGAAAAUUAUGGAUAUUGCUCAUAUAAUUCUAAAUUAAAUAUUUGCUAAAUUAAAACUACUUUUUGUAAAACAAAUUGUUGUACAGAAAUUGAAGAGAUUGGGAUAAAUGCUCAUUCUUGUAGUAAAUAUUCAUCGCAAUAACCAGGAGUUUAUUGCUAUUUUGAAGAAGCAAGAUGUAAAGAAUUAACUCCUGAAUAAGUGAAUACUUUAGAUGCAGAAGCUGUAAAAAGGUACUACAAUGUUAAAUAAUUCAAAUGUUCUUAAAUGAAUCUAAAUUCUUGUCAUAUGAUUGAAUGGAGCACAACUUAGAGAUGUGCACACUUUGGAACUUCAUGCAUUAAUAUAAAUCUUAAAGAAUAACCUUCUCUUGACUUUCUAACAAAAGAGCCAACAAAAACUAAUAAAUACACAUGUUUCGCUAUUGAGGCAGAAUCAUAGGUUGAUAAAUACUUUACUUUUGAUGAAGUUAAUCAAAGAUGUAAAAGCUUAUAAUUUGAAUCAGAGACUCCUUUUAAUAAGUGUGAAGAUGCAAUAGGAAACAGAAAUCUCUGUUUGAGAUAUACAGGAAAUAAUUAUUGUAAAUGGAAUUCAGAGAAGCUAUUAUGUGAAACUAUAAUGGAUUAUUAGGUUGAUAAUAUUUAAUCCUGUGAUUCAAAUUUAAACAUAAAAGCAUGCAUUGAAAAUAAAGUAAGUCCAUGUUUUUUUUCUUUUGAUGCUGAUAAAUGUUAAUAUGCACCAAAAGAAGUUGAAUGCAAUCAUUUUGAUACUUUAGGUAAGGUUAGUGAAAAAGUAUGCAAACUCAUCAUUAAAUCAGGAUAGAUUUGUUAAUUUAAAGAUUAUUUAUGUGCUAAAUUUGAAACAUAUGAAAAUAAAUGUGAAGUUUAAGGUGCCAAUUCUAUUGCAUGUUAUAAUAAUAUAAAUGGAAAUUGUAGAUGGGAUAGUAUUACACUAUAAUGUUAUGAGAAUUUUAGUGAUAUAAGCACUUUAUAUUGCUCAAGCAAUUUAAAUAAAAUACUUUGUUUAUAAGUAUUAAAAGAACCAUGUUUUUGGAAUGAAGAGGAUUUAUAAUGCUAAAGAUUUAAUUCAACUCCAGAUGCUAAAUUUAAAAAGUUAAAUUCGAAUAAUUUAUAUACAAAAGAUGCAUGUUCAUUAAUAACUGGUGCUGGAUAUAUUUAUUAAUCUGAUAAAUGUGUUUUAUUACCUGAUACAUCUAAUACUAAUGAAUGUUCAAAGUAUUGGAUGAAUGAAUAUGCAUGUUUAUAUUUAACUAAAGGAUUUAAUUGUUAUUAUGAUGUGACAGAAUAGUUAUAAAGAAUGAAAUGUAAACCAUUUUAAGGAGAGUACUCUUAAUGUUAAGAUGAGAAUUCAUAAAUAUUAAUUAAUAUAGAGGUUUGUAUGAAUAUACCUAAAUCUUGUAUUUUUGAUCAGAAUAUUCUCAGAUGUGUUAAUGUUGAAAUAGGACUUCAAGAGAAAUGUUCAACAAUAGCUGGGUUAAUAAAAGAAAAGAAGUAUUAUAAUAAAUUAGCUUGUUCAUCAAUUAAUCCAUAAAUUCAAGAUACUUAUGGUAAUUAAUAAUGUUUUCAAGAUUAAUAGAAUUUUUAGAAUUGUUUAUAUGAAAAGUAUUGUUUUUGGGACAAAUUAUUUUAUUCAUGUAAUGUAUAUGUUCCAGUAAUUACAUAUUUUUAUACUGAUAAUUGGGUAAAAAAGGAGUUAAAAGUAUGUAAAAAUGAAAAAAAUUAAUUUGAAAAUUUUGAUGAUGGGUGUUCCUAUACAAUUAGAUAUAAAGAUGGACGUAAAUUUGUAGGUUAACAAUAAGUUGGACAGCCUUUGCAAUGUAGUAAAACCAAUUCAACAUGUCAGUCAGAUGAUAAUUGUAUUCCAUAUUAAACAAGCACUCUUUAAUUGGAUUAUGUUAAUGGUAAUAUGACAAUAACGUUUCCCUAAAAUUACACAUAAACAUGCGAAAAACGCUGUGGAUUUUAAGGUUAAAAAACUAAUUUUUGUAAUUAAGAUUCAGAUUGUGGUUAGGAGUACAUUAAAAUGUCAGAUAUUUAGUAUGCUGACUUUCAAGAUUGUAGAGUAAUGAAAAGAAGAUGGCGUUAUGAAAAUUAGACAAUUUAUGAAGAAACAUUAAUUAAACCGACUUAUCCAAAUGAUAUUUAUAGUAGCUACUUUGACUCAACUAUUAAUAUGACAAUAUAUGUUAUUGAAAAAUAAAUUAAAGUAAUUGUAUAUGAACCCAUAAAAGAAGAGGAUUGUGAAGAUGAUGACAAAGGUUGUUAUUGUAGAUACACUAGAGAAUUUUGUAAAUAUAAAUCUGAUUGUCCUAAAUAAGUAAGUGACGAUUUGAUUUAUAGAAAAAUAUGCGUUGUUGAAGUUUUUUAUUCUAAAGAACCUUAUUGUAUAUCUAAAACAUUAUUAAUCGAUAAAUGUGAGAAUAUCUAUUCUUAGGCACUUUGUCUAGAAUUGGUGAGUUAACGUUGUUAUUUUGAUAUAAAAUAAGGAGGAUGUCGUAAAUUAGAAGGCAAUGAAGAUAAAUUACCUGAAUGCAUUAGUGUUUCAAUGGAUAGUUGUUUAUUAAGCGAAACAAAAAAAGUAGCAUGUGCAAAAGGUGGUUAGUCUACAAAACCUGGUGAUUCUUGCUAUACUUUAAUAAAAGUGUUUAAUGGUUGUAAUGACACUUAAUAUUACAAUUCUUAUUAUACUUGCCAAAAAGUAAAAAAAGAAGAUGUAUAAAGUUCAUUAUGUGCAAGAGCAACUGAUGAAUGUAGAUUUUCUGGAAGUAAUUGUGUAAGUGAUCCUUUACUUGAUAAGAAUGGUGCUUGUUUAUGUGAUAAAAGUUAUAGUUAAACAUUAUGUGAAAAAUGUAAUUGUGAUUCUUCUUUUGGAUUUUGUCAAUAAACAAAACAAACACUUUAAUAUGAUAUAAAUAAUCGUUACUUUUUUUGUCAUCUAAUUAAUCUAUUAGAUAUUAAGAAUGUUAAAUAAAAAUAAUAAGCUUGUGCAAGUGUACCUUAAGCAUGUAAAUUCAUAGAUUAAUGUGAAGAUGCAACUCAUACUACAUGUGAUGAUAUGAUAGGAUAGAUUGUUUCUUUAAAAACAUGUUAAUCAUGCAAAGAUUAACCAGUUCAUUAUGAUCCAAUUAAAAUAUAAUGUUUGGCAUUAAAUGAUGAUUCAUUAGUCUUUUAAUGUUAAUAUUUAAAUAAAGUAUCUUGUUUGAAAAAUUCAAGAAAUAUUAAAUGUCAAUGGGAUUAAAUUUAAUGUAAAGAAAUUGAAGUAUUUUAAAUUACAGAUAAAGUAGAUUGUUCUAUCUUAAAUUAUGAUGCUUGUUAUCAAAAAUAAGUAAAUUAAUGUUGGUUUGAUCCUUAUUUAAAAUAAUGUACUGAAUUUAAUCCUUAUAAAGCAAAUUGUGAAUUUGUAUUUGAUCAAUAAAUAUUAUGUAAUUUAUCUAUGGCUGAAAAUUGUGUUUGGUUAAAUAAUCAAUGUACAAAAUAAGAUAAAAUACCUCCUAAUAUAUGUUCAGGAUUAAAUAAAUAUGCUUGUUUAAAUUAAUAACUCAUACCAUGUGGAUGGUCUGAAAAUUAAGAAUGUGUUGAAUUAAUUAAUUUAAUAGAUUUUAAUAAUUUUUAGUUAAGUGCUUAAUAAAAUUAAAUUAUUUAAUUUAAUGCAUAAGCAUGUUCAUUGAUUAAUGAAUCUAAAAAUUAUUUAAUUGAUAAAUAAUUUAAAUGCAAAGAAGUAACUACAAUUGAUUUGGUAUAUUGUAAUACUUCUGGUAUCAAUUUAUAGACUUGUAUUGGAUUAACUAUUGGAAAAUGUAAAUAUUAAAAUAACAUUUGUUAAUUUACAAAUGAAACUAAUCUAAAUUGUCAAGACUAUUUAAAUAAAGAAGCUUGUUUGAUUUAAAAAGCACCAUGUAAAUUCAUUAAUAAAUGUGAAAUAUUUAUUGAUCCAAAUAUAGAUUAAAUUUUAUAUUAAGUAUAGUAUAGUUACUCUGAUUAAAUAUGUAAAACAGUAGAUCUCUAAACUAAACCUACAACUAGUUUAAUAUUCUUAUAAUCUAAAGGAUAAUGUAUAGAUAUCUCAGAAUAAAACCCUAGUAUAACAGAUUGUUAAUUAAGAGGUAUGAAUUAAAAUGCUUGUUUACAAAAAACAAUAAAAAUACAAUGUGAAUUUAAAGAUAAUCAAUGUCAAUUAGCAAGUAAAACAGCUAUAUCUUAAUGUUCAUAAACAUUAAAUUGGGUUGCUUGUAUCUAAAGUGAUUCUUAAUGUAAAUUUGUUAAUUAUAAUUGUGAUUAUCUAUAACCUACUGAUAAUUGUGUAUAAUUAGAAUAAUCAUAAGCUAUAGUAAAUGAAAAUAUUUGUGUUAAAACUAAUGAUGUUCCUUGCAAAUAUAACAUUAAUACAAGAGGUUGUUCAUAAGUUAGUACUAAUUAAGAUUGUUCAAUAUCAGGAUUAAAUGAAAAGAGUUGUAUUUUCUACACUAGUGGUUAAGAUUGCAAAUUCGAAAUUAAUAGAUGCAUUCCUUAUUAUUAGUAGGCUAAAUGUACAGAUAAAAUCAAUAAAGAAAAAUGUUUAAAUUUAAGAGAUAGAUAAUAGAAUUGUUAAUUUGAUCAAACAUUAGGAUGCAUCUAAAUAAAAUCUGAUCUAAAUAUUUGUCUUAAAUCUUUUUAAACUAAUCCAUCUACAUGUUCAUAAGCUACAGAUAUUCCAUGUUAUUAUAAUCUUGAUACAAAAAUGUGUGAAUAAUUCAUUAAUCCAUCUUAAUUUGAAACACCCUCUAGAAGUCAAAUUUGGUAAAAUAAAAUAUCCUUCAAUAUUCUCACUUGUUAAAUGUAUGACAUAAAUCAAAUGAAAACAGUUUGGGAUAAUGGAUGUUAAGAAACAACUUAAACACAGCUUUCUACUUUAGAUUGUAAAGACUAUUUAAAUUAUUACACAUGUGUAAACCUAUAAACACCAUUAUAAUAUUGUUAAUAUAUCAAUAAUAUUUGUUAUGA